GGCCGCCCCCCCUCCCUGCCUGGGCUCCCGCCUCGCUCCGCGCGCGGCCGGAGAGGAAUGCGCUCGCUGGGAUGCGCAGCAGCAGCACCGACUGUCGGAAACCGAUGCACAGUAUGGACAGUAAUGACCCCUAUCUGCACCUCAACUCUGCAGGGCUGAUGAGCGGCACCCACACCCACCCACCUCCUAUGGCUGGCAUGAUGGGCCACCCUUCAGUCAUCAGCACUUCAAGGCCCUUACCGCCCUCUAUGUCCACCUUAGGCUCACCUAUAAAUGGUCUGUCUUCGCCCUAUCCUGUCAUCACCUCGUCUUUGGGCUCACCCUCUGUAUCACUGGCUUCCACACCCACCAUGAACUUUGGACCACUCAGCAGUCCACAGAUGAACUCUAUGAAUAAUGUCAGCAGCUCAGAGGACAUCAAACCUCCACCAGGCUUACAGAACCUGGGGAGCAUCAACUACCAGUGUACCAGCCCAGGGGGAAUGUCCAAGCACAUUUGUGCCAUUUGUGGGGAUCGAUCCUCAGGAAAGCACUACGGGGUGUACAGCUGUGAGGGGUGCAAAGGCUUCUUCAAGAGGACUGUUCGUAAGGAUCUGACCUACACAUGUCGAGAUAACAAGGAGUGCCUAAUUGACAAGCGCCAGCGGAACCGCUGCCAGUAUUGUCGCUACCAGAAGUGCCUGGCCGUGGGCAUGAAACGAGAAGCGGUGCAGGAAGAGAGGCAGCGUGGGAAGGAACGGGGGGAGAACGAGGUGGAAUCUACUAGUAGUUUCAAUGAGGACAUGCCUGUGGACAAGAUUCUGGAUGCAGAGCUGGCUGUGGAGCCCAAAACAGAGACGCACACCGACGGCAGCCCCAGCAACUCAACAAACGACCCCGUCACCAACAUCUGCCAAGCAGCCGACAAGCAGCUCUUCACCUUGGUGGAGUGGGCCAAGAGGAUCCCACAUUUCUCCGAACUUCCGCUUGAUGACCAAGUCAUCCUACUACGAGCAGGCUGGAAUGAGCUGCUUAUCGCCUCAUUCUCGCAUCGCUCCGUCACGGUGAAAGACGGCAUCCUGUUGGCCACAGGCCUUCACGUGCACAGAAGCAGUGCCCACAGUGCUGGGGUGGGCUCCAUUUUUGAUAGAGUCCUGACAGAGUUGGUAUCAAAAAUGAAAGACAUGCAGAUGGAUAAGACGGAGCUGGGCUGUCUACGAGCGAUUGUUCUCUUUAACCCAGAUGCAAAAGGUUUGUCAAACCCACCAGAGGUGGAGGGGCUGAGGGAAAAGGUUUAUGCUUCCUUGGAGUCAUACACAAAACAGAAAUACCCAGAUCAGCCAGGCAGGUUUGCCAAGCUGUUGCUCCGCCUGCCCGCCCUGCGCUCCAUCGGCCUCAAGUGUCUGGAGCAUCUGUUCUUCUUUAAGCUGAUCGGGGACACGCCCAUCGACACCUUUCUCAUGGAGAUGCUGGAGGCGCCACAUCAGAUCACAUGACAUCAACUCCCGUUCCCCCUGUAUAUACUCCUACAAUGUCAGUAAUGUGAAGAUGGAUUAAAAAUACUUGAUUCAGUUUGUAAGAGAGCAUAUUUUGUCCCAAGGGUAAAAAAAAAAAAUCAUUUUUUUUUAAAGGUGCUGAGAAGAGGUUUGAGUCACGAGAGAGAAUAUAGAGUGCAUUGUUAAAAUGAAUUCUAAUAGAAUUUUUAACAAAUUCCUUUGUAAAUAGAUGAUAUCAGGUGUCUGUUUAAAAAGCAACCCAAUGCAAUUUGAGUUUAAUUGUAUUUUAUUCAGAGAGGAUCUGUAUGGAACAGAAGCCUCUGCUUCAUUUCUUAAACACAUUUGAGAAUUCUUACAGAAUAAAGUUAUUUAAUGUGAAA